AUGUUGGAAGACCUUGAUGAGAGAUUGAAAUGCAGAAUCUGCUAUUCAAUUUUAAUUCCACCUCUUUUAUCCUGCUAAAAAUGCCAUACUGUCUGUUGCUAGAUAUGCUUUACCGACCCUUAAUACCUUUCAACUCAGAACAAAUGCCCAAAUGAUAAGAUCCAAUGUAGAGGAAGCACAUUUUUAGCAGCAUCUCCACUUUUGACUAUUGAGAUUAACAAUUACAUCAAGACUCUUAAUAUGUCUGAAGAAGAGCUAAUUGCCCUUAAGAGGCCCUUAUAUAAAAUGCAAAAACCUAGAAGCAAAUAUAAACCAGAUCAGAAUGUAACAUAAGUUUUACAAAACCAAGUCAAGGAACUUAAAGAUUAAAAUCUUAGACUUGAUCUUCAUGCCAAGACAUUGAAAAAUCACAGUGAUAAAAUUUCGAAGCAAUUCUAAGACUUUGAAGAAGAGAUAGCAAAAUUAAGAAGAGAGAAUGAAGAACUAAAUAGAAGAAUGGAGACAUAUUGCAGUACUCAGCUAAAUAACUUUCAGAGUAAUAGUGCUUUCAACACUGUUGAAAUGAGUGGAAGUAUAAUUGAUGUAGACAAGGUAAUGUUUAAUGAAAGAUUUGCAUACAGACUUGAACACUAUGGAGCUGUAACUCAAAUUAUAAAUAUUGAUCAUAAAUACCUUGGAGGAAUAGAUCCUAAUCUCCCUCGUCUCUACUUUGCAACUGGUGAUAAACUCGGGUGUAUAAAGAUAUGGGAUCUCGAUGCUAAGGAUUCUUUAAUGAGUCUAUAGUAUAAGGAUGAUAGACUUGGCUUAACUCCUUCGAACACCAAAAUUCCUCCUCCUGUGAGAUAUAUGGGAUAAUAGGCUCAUCAAUUAGAGAUCACUGGUCUGGUUCCUUUUUAAGACAUGUUCUUUAUUACUGGAAGCAAGGAUAAGAUAAAUGAUUUGUACAAAGAUAAGAUAAUCCUAUUUACGAAAGCUAAAAAGAUAUAUGUGAUUAAUUUUAGCCUUAAAAGAAAUUAAACUCGAAAAGUUAAUGAGGUGGGAAAUGAGAGUUCAGUUUAAAUUAAUAAUCCAGAAAUCAUAAUGACAGAUGAGUAUGACCAAUUUGAAGAAUAAUUUUAGACUACAUAUGAAAUAAAUUAUGAAAUACUACACAUUUUCCCCUCAAAGCAUCAAGCUCAUACUUUAAUAGAAUUAGAUAAGAAUGGACUAGUCACAAUUUCUACAGAGUCUUUAGAAUUCUGGGACUUGAAAACUUAGAAAAGGAAAAACUUGAUAGGCUGUUAAAAUGGAAAUCUAAUGCAUGCUUGCAUCUUAUUUGACUAUGCUAUCAAUUCUGAGUGUAGUAUGGACAUCUUGGAUGGAUUAGAUAAUCAAUAGAAGAGUAUUUAAAUUAUAAGAAUCCUAACAUCAGAGGAAAGCAGAAUAUUUAGAAUAUGGAGCAACAAGAGAUAUAUCAGUCGCAUUGUUAGUAAGCAUAAUGACAUUGUGACCUAAGUUAUGAAGAUACCAGGGAAGAAUAUGUUCAUUUCUGGAUCUAAAGACGGAUCUUUAAAAUGCUUUGCUGGAAGAUCAAAUAUAACAUUAUGA